GUAAAACCUUACACUCAUUUUGUGAAAUAUCCGAUAUCACCAGAGGAAAAGCUUGCGGUUACAUUAAGAUGCCAAAUGGGUCCUCAAGGCCGAAUGAAGUUAUUUCACGUGUUUUCUGGUCACGCUAGGAUCGAGAACAUGGUAACGAAAGGUCAUAUCAGCGGCAGAACAUUAUUAACUUCGCAAGAAAACGAGCGAUGAGGUCAUGCCCGAGCAGCACAUGGACGUGGACUUCCCACGCACAGCGCAAGUGCAAGUGUACUUCACUGUGGGCACGCGCUACGAGACCGCCAUCUUCCGAUCGGACAUACCAACUGAAGAGCUUAAAGAUUUAUUCCGUUCUGCAGCGGAAGCAGGUCCGCACGACGUGGUCAAAUUGUACAGCCGCACAGGUCAGCUACUCAAUAUCAGUGCAGACCUCGAGGCCAAUACUCCUGAGACGAGAUACUCGCUGCAAGUGGUCGCAGCGGACGGACUUGCUAGCGGCAUGUUACGCGAAGAGACAUGUCUUCAGUUAAAAGCCCUCGAAGAACGUAUCACUGAAAUUGAACGUCAAUUAAAAAACGACCUUCCUCUGCCCGUUGCAGUGCAACAGUUGCAGCAGCAAGUCGAUGGAAUCCGACAGAAACUGGAUAUUCGCGAACCACCGUGA